AUGCCGCCCGUGGUAUCUACAAGCGCUGCCGCCGCCGCCGCUUCCGAGGUGGCAUCCACAUCCAAAGGAAGCAUCUCAGAAAUAGCCAAAUCAGCAUCCGAACCACCCAUACAUGCCUCCUUCUCCUCCAUCGGCAUCUCCCCUAUGCUCAUACGCAGUCUUGCCUCCCUCCAGAUCAAAGUCCCCACCCCGAUCCAAAGUCUCACGAUCCCCUCGGUCCUUGAAGGUCGCGACCUUGUCGGUGGUGCACAGACCGGUUCUGGUAAAACCCUCUGUUUUGCCCUACCCAUUCUCAAUCGACUCCUCAAAGACAUGGUCGGCGGAUUCGCAGUCGUCCUCACUCCGACUCGCGAACUCGGUGUACAGCUCCACGAGCAGUUUGUAGCUCUCGGAGAAGGCGCACGUAUGGGUCUCCGAUGCGCUUUGGUGCUAGGGGGGAUGGAUAUGAUGAAACAAGCUUCCGAACUCGCCAAUAUGCGACCUCACGUUAUUGUCGCUACUCCCGGAAGAUUGGUGGAUCAUUUACGAAGUGGUGGAGGAGAAGAAUGGGCGUUGAGACGGUGUAGAUUUUUAGUGCUGGAUGAAGCGGACCGACUGCUUACAGAUACGUUCAAACCUGAGCUGGAUUAUCUCUAUUCCGUUCUACCAUCAACGAAAACACUACAGACGCUGUUGUUCACCGCGACCUUAACCGAACAAGUUGUUGGAUUCGCAGAGAAGAAACGACCCGAAGGCAAACCAGCUCCUAUGGUAUGCAAGAUCGAAAUGCAUACUAAAACGCCAGAAACUCUCGAACAGAGAUACGUCUUCGUCCCAUCCCACGCACGAGAGCCGUAUCUGUACCAUAUCAUGCGUCACCCACCCAUCAAACCGUCCAGCGAAAGGGACAGGAGGUUGAAAGCGAAACGAGAAGCAGAAAGAGAACGAAAAGCCGAGAAUGAAAGGAAAAAGGGCAAACGUCCCCGUGCUCAUCAUGCGUUGGAUGAGCAAAGUGAUGAUGAAGAUUCAAACCUCUUUCUGCCCGCUACGAUUAUUUUCACGGCAAGAUGCAAGACCGCAGCUACCCUGUCUCGGAUGCUUAGCGAACUCAAUAUACCCAAUGUCUCGCUGCAUUCCCAUCUGAAACAAUCGGAAAGAAGCGAGAAUCUUGAAAGCUUCCGAGCGCAACGCGUCCCAGUUCUCGUCGCAACCGAUGUUGGUUCGAGAGGUUUAGACAUUCCCGAUGUCGAACUCGUCAUCAACUGGGACCUCCCCAUUGCGUGGCAGGAUUAUGUGCAUAGAGUAGGCAGGACAGCAAGAAACGGCAAAAAAGGUUUCGCUGUCUCGUUCAUCACAGAGCGCGACAUCGAUGUGAUUCACACGAUAGAAGAAAAGAUCAAUACCAAGCUGACUCAGUUGGAAGGCUUGGAGGAUGAAGAUAACAUUUUGGAGAAACUGAAUAUGGUAGCGACGGCAAAGAGAAUCGCGACGAUGGCCUUGCACGAUGCACAGUUUGGAGAGAGACAGCAGAGGAAUAAGGAGAAACAGUUGGCCAGAAUCAAGGCUGAGAAGAGGGCGAUGAAGAAGGCGAAGAGGGCACAAACUCAGUCGGACGCCUGA